GAAAGGGAGUUCUUGUAUGGCAGACUAUGAAGAUAAAGGGUCUCAAAUACGGAUAACAAACCUUGAGGCUUUUCCGAUGGGCGUGAAAGCCUACGUCAAGAUUGAGACGAACAUGGGUGUUACGGGGUGGGGCGAGAUUAACAAUAUGGAGACGACCGUCACCUGUGCGUUGGCGCGCUCCUUGUCGGAACUGAUUAUCGGGGAAAAUCCAACACGCAUUGAGCAUCACUGGCAACGGUUGUUUCGGGCACACCGCAACAUCCGGGGCGGCGGGUUGAUGGUACAUACCAUCUCUGCGAUUGAUAUGGCGUUGUGGGAUAUAGCGGGGAAACUCUGGGGCGUACCCGUCUAUCGCUUACUCGGUGGUCCCUGCCGCGAUAAGAUUUGGAAGUAUCCGAGUCCGAAAGCGAUUAAGACGGGACCUGGAGGCUCUCAGCCGUUUGCUGGCACCCCCGAUGAGAUCGCGGAUCUCGUUCAGCGCGUGCGGGAUGCCGGGAGAAGUGAUGCGCAAAAUCCGGGAAUCCGUCCUGUACCGCUCGCCACCGGAGAGCGCGACCGCACAAUAUGGGAGGUUCGCGAAAUCCUCGAAGCGCAAGUGAUUGACAUCCUUCAACCCGAUUGUGGACACGGCGGCGGUAUCACGCAGGUCAAAAAGGUCGCAGCACUCGCCGAAGCGCAUCACGUCCCGAUUGCGCCGCAUUGCACGAUGUCUUACCUCGGUCUCACCGCGAGUUUUCACUUAUCCGCUGCUGUGCCGUUUUUCCUCAUCCACGAGGGCUAUGAGAACGUCCUUCCAGACGGUGUUGCCCACAAGACGUGGGAGAUGGACGAAGAAGGUUACGUUUCACUUCCAGAAGGACCUGGCUUAGGCGUUACCGUUGAUGAAGCAAAGGUUAUUGAAGUCGGGCAGGAAGCAGGAAGGCGUUUCACCUGGCCCGAUAGUAGAUUAGCGGAUGGCUCCAUCGCUGAUUAUUAG